CGAAAGGAAUAUUUUUUCGUGCGGAGUGUCUACGAUGUCUGAAAGAGAAUUAUCGAGUUAAAGAAGACAUGUAAAUCACGAACAAAGUGCCUAUGUUACUCUCAUCCCUGUAAGAAAGUUAUAAAGAUCAUUUCCUUGGGAUUUUCACCGAAUUCAAGAACCGUCUUGGUCACGACUUUGAAGCAUUCUUGACACUGGUUACCCAGUAUGGGUGACAGUGUUACGGCACGACAUAGAGCGAUACCAGAGGACAAGAUUUGUCUACGGUUGAUCCUAGUUUCUGGAAAGACACAUGAAUUUUUGUUUUCGCCAAGUGACACAGCAUAUUACAUAACUCAGCAUGUUUACGAAAACUGGCCUGAAGAUUGGACAGAUGAAGCUGUCAGUUCACACAACAUAUUAAAACUUAUCUACCAUGGUCGGUUUUUACAUGGGAAUGUAUCUUUAGGAGCUCUUAAUUUGGAGACUGGAAAACGAAGUGUGAUGCACCUUGUAGCAAGAGAGAACUUACCAGAACCAGCAACACAAGGUCAAAGAAAUCGUGACAAAACAAGUGAACAGAGUUGUUGCUGCAAUAUUGUUUGACUUAAAUUUCAGCUCUAAAGAUUUUGCAGCGGUGAUCUGCUCAAAACAUUCACUUUGGUUUUCUUACAGUUUAAGUUUAUGUCCAAUUAAAGCGUUUUGGGUUUAAUUAAUAGUUAAUUAAUCCCUGGUGUGUACAUGUAUGUAAGUAACGUAAUGCUUAAGACAAAGUAAUAGUCAAAAUAGGUUAAUCAUUACAUAGAUGCUGAGCUAGAAAGAUAUCAAUAAAUAUUGUAUUUAAGUAAUGCUAAAUAUUUUCUCCUUUUUUACAUUAAUUUGUUGUUAUGAUGAUUGAAGUUGCCAUUCUUUUAUAACCAGUCUUGCAGUCAAUAUUGUUAUUUUCUUGAUCAUGUCCACACAAUCUUUUUGGCUACAAAAUAAACCAGCUAUUGAUUUUCUUUAGUUAUUAUACAUUUGAUAUGUACAUUUGUGAAUUAGUCAAUUUUCUAAUGUGAAGGGUUUACCUUUCCUGAUGUCAUGUUAGCUUUUUUUAGUUUUUACUGCAAUAGUUUGCCUUCAGUGAUUCAAAUCCCUCUCUCUACAUCAUGUAUUCAGUUUUUCGUGGCCUCUGUUUUUUGUGAAUUUUUCUCUAUUGCAUGGCUAGCUCUUCACCAUGAUCAGUUACCUAUUUUGCCCCCUUGAGAUUGUUCCCUGUAUUCCACAGGGAAAGUGUUGUCCUUUAUUCAUGUGAUAAAUCCUUGUUCUUGUUCAUCAAGCUUGUUUGGUCAAGAUGGCUGGAUAUGAAUCUUGUUUUCUUUUUAUGUGAUUGUGGUCAGACUGUAUCUCAGUCUAUCAAUCACCCACUCAUUCUCAUCUUCCUGGCUGGGACAUAAGGCUAUCUCAGUUCAUAACACACAACAAAUAUUUUGCCUAUUAUCCAGCCCUCUUGAUCUCAUGCUCAGUCAAUAAUUCAUCAUGUAAUGUGCUGUUCCAGACAAAUAUCCACACUCCUCUCUAGGAAGGUUUGCAGUUUUAAACUCCAACUGCACCACCACCAGCCGCUCUGGAAAUUCAGGUGAAGCUUCCUUUUUUUUGUUAAAAGAAUCAAUGACUUUUAAAACCUGUAACAUCCUUGAAAUGUUAAGUGAUAGAGGUAAUGGGUAUUUUGCUGGGACCCUAGAUCUAAUGUUCAAGUAAAUCACUGACAACUUUGCAACUGGUCAGAAUGGCAGUUGCUUUUAAUUAAGUUUAAAAAAGAAUUAAUGCCAUAUUUUUGUUUAAAUUGCAACUUUAUAAACUUAUAAAAUGUUAAUUGUAAUUAUUUUCAGAUAUCAUUUAUAAUUUGUUAGUGCCUAAAAUAUCAAUUUGAUUUCUCUGCUUCUUUAAUGAACUGAUACUCUGUAAGAGUUCUUUGACAUGGAAUACAUCGCAGCUCUCUAAAAUUAUAUUCGCCCAAUCUGUGAUGACAGAUUAGGAAAGAAUUGAGCUAGGUCAUGGAGUUUUGGGCAAUUUCAGCACUAAUGAAAUAUGAAUAGAAUUUGUAACUGAAGUUUUGCAAUAACAGCUUUCAAACUUCUGUGAAAACUCAUUAAAUGAAAAACAGGAAAGCCAACGAGGAGCAUGGAUGGGCAAAGAAGAUUAAAACUUUUUGCAUUUGGGCAAACUUGAGAAACAUUUGCCUAGACAAGUGUCAUUUAUAAUGCGUGAAAAGCAUCUCCAUUUGUUACAAUAAAUUGCCUUUAUUUUGAUGACAGACAGUUGCACAGCCAACAUGAAGUUUACAGCUCACAAUUCACAAAAAUAUGCAUAAUUGCGUAAAAUUAUCAUGAUUGUGCACCUUUGAUCACAUGCAGAUGUUGUCACUAAGCUUGGUUAGCAAGGGAGCACUGUCAACUUACAGUCAUAUCUGGCUGUAAAUCUUUUUUGUAUAUAAUAAAAGACUGUGACGCCAUGAAGAAUUUGAACAAUUUCAAAAGGAAUUCAAGGCAAAUGUUACAUGUAUAAUCAUUUAUCCACUUCUAUCCUUUUACUUUGUGAGACAAGCCCAUGUACAAUCAUGAUUUUGUGAUGUCCAGUUUCAUGAAAUCAAUCGGUUCAUGCUGAGUAUUCUGUGAUCUUGGUAUGGUUGCAACUAUCUUGAAAUCAUGCCUGUGAUGAUGUCCUGCCAAUAAUCAUUGUAAUUUAGUUUUUACUUGGAAGUAACUUAAGUUGUUUUAACCAUCAACUGUAAAUACCAUAUGAUACGGAAUGCAUCACUUAUUUUAGUAAAAAGCACUUAACUUAUCUAACCUCGAGGCCAUAAGCAGUUCCUUUUAAACUCUCUGAUCAUUAACUGAGGGUUAUGUAAAAACUAGUGGGGGGAAUGGACAUGCAGUUGAUCAUACACUUUCUUGUUCUUUGGCUUCUUGUGCAGCAGUGCCAGAGUCAACACCUUUCUGGCUGACUAGCUUGUUUGAUUACAACUUUUGUGUCAUUAUCUCGUAAGUUACUAGGGGAUCUACCUAAAGAUGAGUCACCAUUGAUUGAUUGAUUGAUUGAUUGAUUUAUUGAUCACUGAUCUUUUUUUUUCAUAAUUUCCAGUGACUCUAAGGGUUUGAUGAAUUUAGUGCUUUUCACAGAGUGAAGUUAGUUUUAGCCUUAAAUGAUAAUGUUGUGAACAUAAUGUACAACUGUCGGGUGUUUUUAAAAAAAAAAAAAUAGAUAACUUUAUUUUCUCAUCAUUACUUCACCUCAAUGUAAAUACAUUGCUAAAUAAACAGGCUUUUGGCCUGUAUCAGAGUGCAAGAAUUUUACUGUAGACAACAAUAAAACUACAUAUUCAUAAAACAAAA